AUGGCCACCGCACCGACUUACUGCCAGACCUGCUCUUCAGAACUACGGCCCACGGAAGAGCGGUACACCCCAGCAUGCUGCAACGUGCCCAUCUGCGGCGCAUGCGUGGCGCGUAACCCGCGCCUGAAGGCGUAUAGCCCCUGCCUGCGGUGCGGCGACGUGCGGACGCGCGACGGGGCCGCUGAGGUUGCGCGGGGUGCUGCGAGGCGGGAAGAGGACGCCCGGAGGGUGGAGGAGGUGUUCGUGCUCGAGGAUAGCGACGACGAGGGGGAGGGGGAGGGGGAGAAGGCGACGGCGACGCCGCUGGACGAGCCGACAUCCCGGCCUCCACAACCUCAAGCCCCGGCGGUUGCCGAAGCCCAAGCCGAGCAACGCGUCGUGGAGAUCAAGCACCUCGUGUCAAGAGGCGACACAUUACAGUCCAUAGCGCGGAAGUACGCCACGGACCCGCACGCCCUCCUAGCGCUCAACAACCUCCCCCACGCGGCACUGUACGCCAACCCUGCCAUCCUGCGCACGCGGGUCGAGAUCGUCAUCAGCCGACGAACCGUCACAGGUACGAGCGACGAGGGCGACGACGAGGACGGCGCGGAGCGGAGGCGACAGAGGGCGCUGAAACGGUUCCAGGUGGUUAGUAAGGAGGUUGAUCGGGGGGUCGCGGGGGCGUAUUUGGCGCUCGCGGAGGAAGGGGAGGGGUCUACCUCUGGUGAGGGUGGGGAGGGGAGGGAAGGAGGGUGGGGCACAGAGAAGAAAGGCGGCGAGAAGGCAACGAAGGACAAGGAGAAGGGAGCGAGCCCCCGCUCCGCCCUCGACGCAUACUUCUCCGACGAGGAGUGGGAGCGCGCCGUGCCACGCCCAGCAAAGGGCAAGGUGAGCCGCUGGACCGUCGUCGGCGCCGUGUUGCCCCCCGGCGCGCAGAAGGCGUAA